AUGUUGAACAGAGCAAAUCCAAAAGUUAAAAGCCCUGAUGAGUUUUAUCGAAUUGCCAUUUUUUUACCAUUUAUUGACAAUAUAAAAUGUGAUUUAGCUAACCGAUUCAGCAAAGAAGUUGUUGAAAUAUUUGAUCUUGAUUUGUUUCUGCCUAAUGUUAUAGCAAAAGUAUUUCUCGACAAAUAUAUUCUUGGCAAUAAAGUACAACAUAUUAUGGACAAAUUUGGAGAAAUUUUAAUUAAACAUUUGUCUUAUUCAAAAGAUAGUAUUAACAUUAAAUUGGCAGGAGAAAUAGAAUUAUGGCAUGAGUUUUGGAUAAAUAAAAAUAAAAUUGAGUCUGGUGAUAUUCCUAAAACAGCUAUUGAUUUACUUGAGUAUUGUGAAGAAUUAUUAUAUCCAUGCAUUUCAAUUUUGAUACAAAUAUUAUCUGUGUUACCCGCAAGCACAUCAUCUGCUGAACGUUUUUUUUCUUCUCUUCGGCGGUUAAAAACAUGUACAAGAACAAUAAUGGGAGAAGAUAGAUUAAAUGGUCUUGCUUUAAUUCACACUUAUAAAGAUGUAAAAAUUGAUAUUGAAGAUGUAAUUAAUAUUUUUUCUAAGUCAUCAAGAAAAUUAAAUGUUGUGUUAUAA